GGGGGCCACCGUACUAGCGUACUGAAAGUAACUUUGGACAGUGCUGAUAGCAAGUGCAUGGUGUGGGGGCUUUAGUCCACCGCUCUCUAAACUAUUAUAACCCAAAUCAUGUCUGAAUUGACCAAGGAACAAUUAAAAAGUGAACUAAUAACCCACGGAGUCCCCUUGCCGUCACCGAACGCUAAAAAACAUGAAUACAAACGACUUUAUGAAAAAUAUGUUGCUCCAGUUGAAUAUUCUAAGGGGGAUUUUUCCUCAGAUGAUGAAGAUUUGCCUAUUAACGACUUAAAAUAUGAGUCGUCUUUGGAAACAAGUCUGAUGAUUGAUGGCUUUGACAUAACAAAGCUUGAUGAUGAUGAACUGUUCUCAAGACUCAAAGAUCUUGGAGCUGUUGUUGGACCAAUUGUUGAUUCAACUAGAAGUGUGUACCAAAAAAAGUUGUUUGUCAUGAUGGGGGGUUACGUGCCAGACGCUCCUGCAUUCAAUGGUGAAGUUGAUGAAGACGAAUACUCGGGUAGUGAAGAAGAGGUGGUAGUAGAAAAACCAGUGGCAAAACGCACCUCUUUUGUUCAGGAGUCAACAAAAAUAACUACAACUUCAGCCUCCCCUUCAGACCAUACAGAUAUUCGUAAACGUCUGCUUGUGUCUCCAAGUUCUGAAGGCAACCAAUCCAGUGUUCUCUAUGACCCUGAUCGACAUACCCCAUCACCACGUCGAUCAAUUCGCACUGUUACUUCUUCUUCUUCAGAGAGUUAUUCGGUGCGAAAAUUUGUCAAUAAUGGCAGAAGUGGUUAUCUUACUGAAGGCUUUGCAACAAGAACUGCAGGUGACAGUACAAAAAGGAGUACUGGUACCAGUGACAGCUCCAGCAAAAAAUCAAUGUUGCUACGUUUCCUCCUUAAAUUAUUCAUCGUCAUUCUCAUCAUUGCAGUUGCCCUCUACUUUUAUCAGAUUAACGACAGUGAGAGUCCAUUCAAAGCUGUGGAACAAUUAGCCCGUCAGGCUCUUGAAGCAGCUGUAGGCGAGGAAGCGACUGUUGAAAAGGACGUACCACAUACGGAACCAGCAACUGAGCCAAGUGUCCCUCAAAGAGAUGCUUCAGCUACAUUGGAGUAAAUGUCGAGUUAUAACUAGACCAACUAAUACUCUGUAAUCUUUGUCCAAAUUAAAUCCAUUGUCUGCUGUUUGAAUUGGAGAAAUAACUUUUACAAACCAUAAUCAAUGUAAACCAUGUUUACCUGGUGUUUAUUACUCCAUUUCUUCCAUAAUGCAAUUUCACUUUGGGACCUUCUAUCAAAGUCUGCUAACUUAACUUUGUGUAGCGCAAAUGUCCUGACCUUUGUCGACAAGUUGCAUAUAAUAUUGGCAAAACCGAUUAUAUAUCAAUCUGUAAAUAUUUAAUCUGAUUUUUCACUUGUUUCAAUUUACAGUACAGUAUUACUUUCUCGCUUCUCUGAUAGCAAGAGUUAAAGUGGUCAACAUUGAUUGAAUAUUGGAAUAUAGAGGAGCCUGAUUAUGUUCUUCAUGUCGUUCUCUGUUAUCUUGAGCACUGGACAUGGAUCAGUAACGUUAAAGUACAGUAUGUAUUUAAAUUAAAGUUAUGUAAUUCAUAAACAAUAUUGUAACUCCUCUUUUUGAGUUAAUGACUAUUAGUGUACUCAAGGUAAAAUGUCUUUCAAUAUUUAAUAACAGUAAUUUGCCAAUAGUUUUUGUAUAAAACCAUGGAUGCUUUCCCAUAUUGAUAUUAAUUAUAUUGGACACUGCAUAGUCUAAUAGCAUAAUACACAAUUUUCAUUAACUAUUUGAGUCAUAAUUUUUAUAAUUUUUUUUUUAAGUAUACAGUAUUAGAAUUUUUUUGGGAAAGGAUUUUUUAAUGUCCCCUUGAUUGAGGUCACGUGAAAUUUGUAGACAACAUUUUUAUAGAAUUUGUGUAUUAUGCAACACUACCAAAACUCUUUUUGAUUGGAUUUAUCUUCGGUUGUUGAUGCACGUAUAUUGCUGAGCACAUUUGUACAUGAAUAUUUGCUCGAAUGAUCUCAAAAUUAUGCUAUAGAAAUUUGUAAAUUUUGAUAUUAAAUAAUUAAAUGGUCAGGUUCAUGUUUUUGUAACUUGGACUAAAUAGACCUUUUAUCUUCACAAUGUCCAACCCAGUUGUCUUUCCCUCCUUUCGUCACAGACGACUUACAUUGGCGACGCACGUUCGUUGGCCAUGCUGUACUGUACAAUAUUCAUCCUUGCCUUUGAGGACUUGCAUCCUCACAGCAUACAGAAUGAUAAUGGACUUUCUUACUCCUGCCUUUAUCAUUGUAUAGAAUAUUCAGUGGCAAAUGCUAUUUUGGAUUGUUCAGUUUCACCCCCAAUUAAUGUAUACCACAUAAAAUGAGUGGAGUGUGUACCACUUGCUGCAUACUUGUUUGGUUUUCCUGGAUAAAUCAUUGUACCGAUGAUUAUGCUAAAUGCAGAGAUAUGAUAGAGAAAGGCUGAUUAGGUAGAAAAUAGUAUUUCAAAUUUAUUAGUAUUCCUAGUCGUGUUCUAAUUUUCUUUUAAUGUUUUUUGGAAAUGUGUAAUUUAUGUACAAUGGUUUUAGAACAUCUUUCAGAGGUGUUGAAUGAAAUAUCCCCAGACAAAAUAAAUAUCUGGAUGAUUUGGUAAAGAAAAACAAUUUUUUAUCAGGUAAUGGUAGGUAUGUAAAUAAUAUAAAGCAAAGUGCUUGCAUUAACCCAAAGCUCAAUAUUUAAGUAUUGGUAUAAUGUUAUUGUAAAUUAGUAUGUUUUUUGAAAAUAUAUAAAAUAGACAGACAGGUAUAUAUACCUGUCUGUACAUUAAUAUUUUCUAAAGGAAAUGAAUUAGUAUUAACAGAGUUCUUGAACAUCUGUUCAUGACAUUUUUCCUCAUGAUGACUGAGUGGGCUUUGGUCAGAUAUUUAAUUUGUUGUGUGAAAGAAAAGUAUGAGGGGUCUCUGGAGAACACUGUUAAAUAUAUUAGUGCAUAUAAUACUCCACACUGAUCAAUAACUGCUCAAAUUCUUGCACUUUUUAUGCAAAUAUUGCCCUGUUUUGAGAGUGGCAUUUUUAGGUUUGUUUAAUAUUACUGUUUAUGCACAUUCUCUAUUGUCUGUUAUAGUACACAAGUGUUAUUUGCCAAAUUUAUAUAGUUCCCACGGAUGUGUAUUUUUGUUUCAUUUGUGAAAAUUUAAGCUUUUAUUUAUUGAAGAAAUGUAAAAUAUAGUUAAUUAUUUUUUAGAUUAUUUUUUUUAACUCUGUACUGAAACUAGAUUUAAAUAUCAAUAUUACAGUACAGUACUUGAUUAUAAUAACGGAUCAUCAGGUGAUCAUGAACUACAUUGAAUAGUGUUAAAGUAUUUUUUGUAUUGAUGUUCUAAGAGAUCUGUGGUGUCUUUCCGGAGCUUGUCAAUGCAGAGGGCUAGAUUUUUUGUUUUAAUUAGUAUUAGCUGGUCACGGAGCCAGCUAAUACAAAAUGCCCAGUAACAUUUCAUGUGAACAUUUUAUUAAAAGCAAGGGUUUUAGUUCUGCAUAAAAGGACAAAAUUCAUCAAAUACAAACAACUGUAAAAGGCAUGUUAAUGGAUUUGUGACAUGUUAUAUAUUUUGGAAUAAACUUUUUGUCUAUAGGGCAAGAAA